AUAACCGCAAAGUCACCUGAUAAUAUAUUUAAGAACUAAGAACUACUUUAGUGUUUUGAGAUACUUAAAUUUUUGUAACAUUAUAUUAUUAACCUAUCUAGUCAUUAAAUUGUCCGAUGAAUUUUUAUAUUGAGUGUCGGCUAUUGAUUCAUUGUUUGUACUUAACUUAACAUUAUAUAAAUUAGUUAACAAUUAUGUGAAACCUUGUAAUGUUGUUAUGCCAAUUGCCAGUUAUAUGUAAUGGAAUCAGUCAAAACGCAAAAUCGUAAGUAGUACCUUACUAAUAUACAUUAUUUUGCACUAAAUCAUUGGUAUUGUCAGUUUGGAAAAAUAUUUAAAUAUUUAUUUAUUACCAGUAAUAUUCAAAUUAUUACCUACCUACCUAUUUUUAAAUUUUCAGUUAAGUUCGAUUAAACAAAAAACCAUCUCAGCGAAAAAUAUCCCUGCUUAUUUGAGAAAUAAAGUCUAUAUCAUUUAGCACCUUGUAUUACUAUAUAUUAUAUAUUAAGUAGAUAGGUACCUAUUCUAUUAUUUAUUAUUUGGUAAACAAUUAGAUGUUACUUUCUUUCUAAAUAGUGUUCUAUUUCAAACAAAGAUAAUAAAUAAUAUUUAUCUGUGGUUUCAAAAUAUUUUUCAAUGAAAUAUUUCAAAACCAAUAAAUUUACUAAUUCUACUUGAACCAGUUUGGAUUGACCAAAAUUCCAUGGACUGAAAAACUAGUGACACAAAACCUAAAUUUAUUAGGUAUCCACUUAUAUUUUUAAUUAGCAGGCAGAGUUGUAUUAGCACAUAGUUUAUAUUCACUGGAUCCAGCAGAGAGCCUAGGGCCUACAGAGAUUUAUGACUAUGAAAAUUAUUGUGCCUGUAAAAAUGUUUUUACCUACACAUUUUGUUGAACAUUUUAUAUUAGCACAAUAACUAAUAAGUUUGCAUUUGUAAAUGAUUAUAAAAUUUUAAAAUUUUUUAAGAAAUGGGAAUAAUAAAAUGCUUAUGAAACAAACAAAUAUCAAAAUAGUAACAAGUUUUCUAAAUAUAACAUUGCUUUCAGAAUACAUUUGAUUUACCUAUCAAUUUUUAGAGUAUUGUGCAAAGGUGAAAGAUUGUUUUCAGUUUUAAAAAGGAAUAAACAUUAAUAAAUAUAUUUUAUAAGUAAUAUACCAUACAAAAUCUUCAUUUACAACUUAUCUUUUAUUUAAUAUAGAUACCUAUAUUAAAUACCUUAUGCCUACAUUUUAGAUAUUAUUAGAUGAGUGAUUUAUUUAGCGCAUUAUAUAACAAAAAGUUACCUAUGAAUUUUAUUUGUAUAUAUUUGUAACUUGUGGCAAUUAUUAUAAGAAUAUAAAAUAAAAUAACUUGGAAUAGUUAAUGAUAUUGUAUAAUGAAAAAAUUGCCUUGGGUUUUCGAUAGUGUUAAUCCAGCUCUUUUGGUAGGUAGUUAUUGCAUAGGUCUAGGCUCUAAACAGUCUAAACAUUUUUACUGAUUUAAUAAUAACUAAUAAUAUAUUAUUUAUCUAUAUUAAGAUAUGUAUAUCUAGAUUAAUAACACACAAUAAUUAAUUAGGUCUAGGUACACAUUUAGUUUUUAGAAAUGGAAUGAAUAAUCUUUAAGGCUAUAAUAAUUUAUAAGUGUCACAAUAUUUGAGCGCUUAUUACUUAAUUUAUUAUGUAAUAACACUAAUAAUAAUCAAUAGUAAUAAAUCAGUGUUGUAUUAAUACAUUUCUUAUUGAAUAGAUUAUUGUAUGUAAUUCUGUAAGUUUAUUGAAUUAAUGAAUGAGUUGCGUUGGUUGAGUGUGUGCUACAUAUUUAAAAACUUUCUAUUUUUAAAGUAUCAACUAAUAUAAGUUUAAAACAUAUAGGUUAUUGAAUUAUAUAUUUUAUUUAAAUAUUCACCAAAAUUGUAAGCAUUUAAAAUUUUUAAAAUAAAUAUUAAUUUCGUUGAAAAUAUAAAAAGUAUGUUCUUGUAAGUUCAGAAUUGUAAUGUUGUUUUUAAAAUAAUAUGGGUAAUAAAGUUGUAUUUUAUUUAUUUAGUUACUUAUAUCAUUAGCAAGUUAAAAUCAAAUACCUAUAUAUUUCUUUGAAUUGUGGUAUUCAAUAAUAUAUUUAUAUAUAUAUGAAUAAAAAGUUUUCUGCAUAGAUAAUAAUUAAAAUUUAGAAAAAGUACAUUUUUCAAUUUGUCAAAAUGUUCAAAAUAUAAAAAUUAGGGCUUAAUGAUAUAAUAAUAUAAUACAAAUAUGUGUUAUAAAAAAACGAAUUCAAAUAACAUAAUUUAAUAAAUAUGCAUCUAUCUUUUAUACAAAAUAAAUAGGUACCUACUUAUGUUGUGAAAAAAAAAUAUAAUAAUUGAACACUGAGUACCUACAUUAUUUUUUAAAUAUGUAUUAUUUAACACACUUUAUUCUUACAUAAUUUGUUUGCCACUUUAAACCUGUGGAUAUUUUGUUUAUUUUCUUUUUUUAAUUACUUUUCCUCCAGAGGUUUUUUUCCUAUUACUAGAGUUUGUUCAUAACUGUUUUCGGAAUGCUAAUUGCCACAGGUUUUAAUCACUUUCAAAUUUAAUAUAAUACACUUGCCCUUGUAGGCUUUCAAACAUGUGAUAUAAUAUGAAGAAUGCCUGUUGCUUCUGAUCUUACAAAAUGGUCUUUUUUAUUUUUUUUGUGGAAAUAAUAAGUGUAGACAUAUCCAUAAAAUAAUCAUUCUUCUUCAUAAAAAUUAGAAUAAGUACAACACAUUUUUGUGUAUCUAGGUGAUUUUUUACAGUAAGUACUUUAGGAUAUUGAUAGUAUAAUUGUAUAUGCUUUUAUAGUUUUAGGUAUAUACCUAACAUUUUUAAGCUUCACACGAAAAUUAAUCUACCUAAGUAUUGUUGAUUUUUCUUAAUUAUUAUAUUUAAUUUAUUCAAUCAGUUGUGAAAUUAAUAAUUAUUAUAUAUGAAAUACAUUUAUUAUUGACUUAUUAUGUAAAAACAGAAUGGGAGAUCUUAUUGUAGGUUAGGUUAAAUAUUAAUAUAUUUAUGAUUUUUGUUUUAAGAAGACACCACUCUAACAUCUACUGUUUAUGUCUUACUAACGUGAGACAUAGCAAAUUUGCGAUUAGUAGGACACAUUUUGUAAGAAAUCUUGCCCAGAUAUAUAAUUGCGGAACCAUUUCUGAAAGGUAAUGUUGUCCAGAUGGUACUUUUAGAAGGUCAUUUUUCGAUUUUUCAAGUGGUUUUCAUAAUAUCUGGAAAAACCCAGGAUAAAACAUAAGAAAAACGGGAAAUUUACAUUUUUGAGCUAUUUAUCGAUGUUUUAAUUUUGCGAGUUCUGUACGUAAUUUUUAUUCGGUAGAUACUCUGUGGUGAUAAAAUUGUUAGAUUUAACAGUAAUGCUUGAAAAUUUAACAAGAGGUUUAUUAAGAGUCAUACUUUGUGGUCAAAAAAAAAGAAAAUUUGAGUUUAAUGUUAUAAUUUUUUUAAUAAAAAACUUUUUAUAUCAAAUUUUGUCGAAAAUUAUUGAGUAAAAUAUUAUGUGAAACAAAUUUAAUUUUUCAAUUUUUUUUUCUUUUGAACAUAUGUAUAUUUUCGAUUUAAAAACGAUGGUAAAUGUGGAAUUGAGUGGAUUGACUCUUUCAGAGUUAUAGCUUUUUAAAGUAAUAAUAUUAUGCAGAUAUUAAAUGUUAUGUUAAAUAACUAAAUAUUGUCUUCUCUAAAGUAUGUUUGUUGUAGCUGAAUAGGUUAUACAUACCUAAUUUAGAAGAAAUUAGAAUUCGCGAAUUCAAACCCGUGUUUCGAAAAUACAUUUUAGGUGUACCUAGGAAACCCAAGCCAUCGCUCGCUCGGACUAUUUUAAUCGCAAAAUACCCCUCGAUUUAUUGUGCAAACUUUCCUACCAAAAAUCUUGCUCCGAUUUACAAUGAUAGCACUUUUUUUAAAAGGAAAUCUAACUGGGGUACUUUAAAGAGGUCAUUUUUCGAUUUUCCCAAGAGUUUUCCCUGUAAAUGUGAAAAACCCGGAAAAUCGGUACAAUACUAAACAAAUAUUAUUAAAGAAAAUAUAUAAUGCUUAUUUAAUUAUUUUACCAUAAUUGUACAUAUAUAUUGUUGACAAAGUAUUAUUAUCAACUGAAUUGAGCUUAAAAUCGUUUUUUUGUUAGCAAUGGUUUAUCAUUGCUUACAGAUAUAUAUUAAAUUACCUAUAAAAGUGGCUGCACCUGUCUCCAUUAUCCUAAGACGUAUUUUUUAAUAUUAAACUGAAAUGUUAAAUUGUAUUGAUAAAAAAAAAAAAAAAAAAAACCAGUAUAAUGAACUUUUAACUAUAUGAUUUAGGUAUAUUUAAUAGAGGCACACUUAAAAAUAGAAGCAAGACUUUUGUACAGCAUAUAAAAAUAAAAAAACAUCAUUGUAAGACCAAUACAUUCUUCGCUUCAUUCAGAAUUUAAAAUAAUGUGUUUUUACAUAAAUAUCUUGACUAGCAUAUAUGUGUAAUAUUACGAUGUAUUAUUUUUGAUAAAUAUGUUGGAUUGGAUACUAAUAUAAUGAUUACAUGCAUAACAUGGUUUGUACCUACUAUAAAGUAAUAUCAUAUUAUAAGUUGAGUUUAUGCAAAAAUUUUAAUUAAAAAAAAAAUAGUUGGGUAAAAAAUAAUAAUAUUUCUAAUUUAGUAAACAAAUUUUUGAAUCUAUCGCAAAUUUGUAUUUUAACAUUAUUUUUUUCUUUUCUAAUUCUGAUAUUAAGUGAUAUUUUUUCAUCUUUGUUCAAAUUGUAUUGUAACUCAUCUGAAGUAUCUAUUUUAAAUUGACUGAACUGUAUUUAUUUUUAAACCGGCUUUAGUAUCAAAAUAUUAUCAAAAUAUUACUAAUAAUAAUUUUAUUUUAUUUUAUCUUUCAAUAGGGAUUGUGUAUAAACUUAUGAACUCUUGGCAUCUUGUUAGUUUACAGUAACUUCCUACAAUUUCGCUUUAGUUUAAAUAUAUUGGAUAGAUAGAGAUCCGUUCAUAAACAUGUACUUAUUAUAAUUUACCUGCAACAAAAAUAGGUAUGUCUUAUUUAGUUAUUUAGAUAAAUAAUAAGAUAAUAAUAAAUAGUAUUUCUGUCAAUUCUUUUUUUUUUUUUUUAAUGCUAAUUUUUUACUUUCGAAUAGAAUUACGAAGAUAUUAUACAUUUCUUUUAAAAUAAGACUAUUGUAAUAUUAUUUUUACCAAAAUGUUUAAAGCGUGCUUCUAAAUGAUUUUAUUUAUACAUUUAUGUAUGUAUAAUAUAUAUUUAUGAUUUGUCAUUAAGUUAAAAUUAUUAUGUGAAAUAUUGAAACAGUGAACAUUUUUAUACUUGUUUGAAUUCUUCCUGUUUAUUUACGAGUAGUUUUUCGGCAUUUUAGUUUUUUAGUUUUUCGACAUAACUAAGAUAUUUGAAAUACUUCCAUUUUAAAAUUCUAUUCGUGUUUUAUGACUUAUCUUUUAAGUUUAUGGUGCAAACUUUUUAAACAUUUACAAUGCUCAAUCCUGUUUUCUGAAGAAAAAAAAGUAGUACUAUAAAACUAAUAGUUGUUUUGCUUUUGUUCGAUAUCUAAAUUCUAAAAUAUAAUGGAAUGUUUAUUAAACAUUUCCUAAAUACAUUAAGCUAAUUCUACAAAUUAGUUUUAAUUAGUAUUAUUAUAGGUAAUAGAUAGUAUCAUAUAUUAGGUAUGUAGUGACACAUUUUAAAAAUAUUUUGGAGACUAAAUUGACCCAAACAUACAAAUAUUAAUAUAAAUUUAAUGGAUAGUUGUUAUUAAUCGGCUAUCUGUUUGAUCCAUAAAAUAUUAUAAAAGGUACUUUAGGAGUUUUAGGAGUUGCUAAAGACCUGAAACCCCCGUGUAAUACUUGCGGCGUUAUCUAUAACAAAUUAAUUUAAUACCACAAAAUGUUGGGUUAGUCGCAUUUGUUAAACCAUCAAUUUAAAAUAACACAGCAUCGUAAUAAUAAUAACAUUGUUAUUGAUUUAUUUGAAAAAUCUAUUAAUUUUACCGUAUAUAAAACAAAUAUAUGUAUAUAAUGACGAAGAAAAUAGAAUUAUCGCGUAAAAAUAGUUUUUUUUUAUCGAUAAAGGCACCUAUAUUCAAAUUGUCCGUUAAAUGUAUUAAAAAUCGUUGUAUAAUCGUCAAUGAACGACAAUAUUGUCUCCUACUCUCUAAUAACUGAUCUCACUACGAAACGGUGCAGUACAUUUUCCUUUCAGUUUACCGAACGUGUGGCACAUGUCCAGACCGUCAUUUCUUCGCUUGCCUAGUGUUCGCGCGGAUCGUUGUUUCUCUUAUAGUUUUUAUCUAUUAUUUUUUUCUACAUUCGUAUUUUCUUUCAAUCUGUUAUAUUAUUUUAUUACAUUUAGUUCAUACAGGAAAUACACGUUAAUUUACACAAUGCUGCAGUUAUUAUAGUGUAAUUUUAACACAACUCCUGUUGUGUUAGUUACGUGAUCGAUCGUUGAAACUGUCUGUUUAGUACUUAAAAACAGGUAAAUAAAUAUCGUAUUUAUUUUGAUGCUCUCGAAUUUUCUGUUAAAUAUUAUAAUCUGGUGAAUUGAAUAUCAAAAAUCUUUAAUUCCGUUGGAUCUAUUAAAAUAAUUUUAUUAAUGUAUUUUUUGGUAGGAUCCUAUUUAACUAUUUACCUAUCUAACAAGAUAUAUACUAUAUUUCACUUGGAUAAACACUAUUGACUUUUUAACAUAGGUUAAAAAGUUGGAUACAAAAUUAAUUUCAUUUUACUAUAAUUUUUCAAUAUUAAAAAGGACCUACAAAAAUUCUUGAAUAAUUAUAAAUAUUUGGGUUAUCUAAUAACUAUUUAUUUAUUUUUUUACCUUUUUUUGUCAUACUUUUGAAUUGUAAUAAAAUUAAAAUUUGUAUGGAUCGUCUAAAAAAAAUGUUUAAUUUUUUUGACAAUAAAAACAGUAAAAAGAAACAGAAAUCAACAAUUAUUAUUUAAGUGUAAGUUAAAAUUUCAAAAAAAACAUCCAUUUAAUAUUGUAUAUAAGAAAUAACUAUAUUAUAUAUACUUAAAAUGUAUGUAGUUUAUUUAAUGUUUGAGUAGAAUUAUGUGCGCUUUUCACCCCUUAGACCAAUCGUAGAGAAAGUGAAAGAUAUUAAUAUAUUAUGUUUUACACGUUACGAUGGUGAUAACUAUAAUGGAAGAUUAUAAUGAAUUAUUUUAGAAAUUAGAGGGUGACAGCAUACUGAUAUUUUAGAAAAUUUAAAUUGAUAAUAUUUUAAAACAAGUAAAUAAAAUUACCUACUUCCGCUCUGCUCUAUCUAAAUUUUUCUCGAAAAUUACCAUUGCAUAAUUCAUUGUAAAUAUAGCAAAUUAUUAAGUAAAAUUUACUUAAUAAUUGUUUAGUUACUUACUUAGUUUAGGUACUUGAGAAAUUAAAUAUUAUAAGUUAUAGUUCAAAUACUCUUAUAAUAAGAUAUGUUUUAAACAAUCGCUAAGAUAAGAAUAUAUUUCAUUAACACGACUACAUAACAAACGGAACUCCACGUUUUAAAAUAGUUUUAAAGUCUUUAUGUACCAAGUUUUUAUUACAAAUAAUAUUGUAUAGGUGUCUGUUAACAAAAAUUGAAUUACCUCUAACUAUUUACAAAGUAAUAAAUUAAUAUCAACAUGAUCUUUUGGGGCUUGAAAGCCAUUAUAUUCAGUUAGGGUAUACGACAAACACAAAUAUUUAAUAUUAUAUUGUUGUUACGGAUGCCAAAUUAAUCAUUUUUUUUUUUUUUUUGCUGAUCGCAUUUGUCGUUUGUAUACGUAAUCCAUAUAUUUUAUUUGUUGAUAUUAGUCACGUGAAAUUAUUAGCAUAGUAUCGAGUAGUAGUAGUAGUAGUACGAAAUGGAGUGACACUGAAAAAAUGAUUACACACAAUUCCCAAAUUAGCAACUUGCGUACCUAUAAAGUUUAUAAUACAGGUAGGUGUUUGGUGUUGGAACGUUAAUGCGUAUUCUAAAAAAUUAUACAAAUGUAUAAUAUAAAAAGUACCGAAUUCCACAUCAAAAUAUUGUUGUAUAAUGUUUAAUAUUAUUGUAUUUAUUUAUUUACAUAUUUUAAAGAUUUACUGGAUUUAUAAUAUGUACAUGUAUACUGUCUACAUAUAUUUACGUAUUUAUUCGAUAUUAUUGGCGAUGCUAUUUAUUUACGUAUGAUGCCAGAGAAUCCCAUACAUACACAGGUUUUUUUUUUAUGUAAACGUAAUACCAUACAAUAAUAUAACUCUUGUAUUUCUACGUAAUAUUCGUGGAAUUUAAUAACGUUGAAAAUUAUACGUUGUACAUUCAAAUGUAAUAUUGAUUGAAGUUUAAAUUGGAUUUCACAUUGACAUCGAAUUUGAUGCGAUAAACGGACGAAUUUUAAUAAUAAACGUUUUUUUAAAAAAAUGUAUCAUGCAUAUUAUUAACAGUAUGAUAUAGUUUUCGCGUACCAAUAGUAUAACGUAUAUUAUAAUAUUGUUUUACUUAAAUAAUAAUUUUUACUUGAACGUUUUUAUAGGUAAUAAAUUAACGGAUUUAUCAUUAAACAUUUUUUUCAUAGUAAUGUAAUAAUAGGCAAUAAUAAUAAUAUAAUAUAUAGUUAAGUGGACCUACUUUUUUUUUUUUUUGCUCUUAUAAUAUUAUGUUCAGUCGGUAAAAAGAAAAUGUUUUGCUCAAAUUUCUAGAUUUUUAUAACUAUUUCUAGAAGUCAAAUUUAUCAAAAUAGCUAUUUUAUUAGUUCUUUUACAGUAUAAAUGUUCGUUUUUCAAAAAAUAAUUUGCAUAAAAAAUUUAUCUACGCUUAUUUAGCUUAUAGAAAAUUAAAUUGCUGAAAUUAUCGAGUAGAUUUAAAGGGCAAUUCACAUUCAAUAUAAUUUUCUAUGAGCUAAAUAAGCUUAAAUGUUUUGUUUAAUUUUUUUUUAAAUAAAUAUUAAUGUAUUUAUUUUUUUAAUUUUUGAGAAAUGAGUAUUUAUUGUAUAAAAAAAAAUAAAAACGGUUACUUUUGAUAAAUUUGUUGCUCAUAGCCUCUAAAAAUCAUUUUGAAGAAGAUCUUAAAAUUUGAGGGAAACGUUUUUUUUACUCAGCCGAACAUAAUAUCACGAAAAGAUAAAAAAAAAAAAUAAUGGAAAAAUGAAAAGAGAAAAUGCUGACCAAUCCUAAUAAAUAUAUGUUACGGUUAAUGUCGUUAUAUUUAUAUUUUUUAGAUAUAAAAAUCGAUUUUUUGCUGUCAGUUUUAAUACUAGAAUGUAUGAGCCUAUUUUAAUUUUUUUUUUUUUUUGGGGGGGGGGGGGUUGAAGUUUUCACUCAUGCAUCACAUUUAAUGCGUCCUAUAUAAGAAUUUCGAAGACGUCCUGCAGUUUUCUUUCCUUCUAUCAUACCCUCUAAUAUUAUAUUAUGGAACACUUCUGGAUGUCUCAGAUCAUUUCCAACCAUUUUUCGACGCUUUUCUCUAAUCACAUCUAUUCGUGUACGUUUUUCUCUCACAAUUUUAAUUACUUCUUCGUUUGUUUUUCGUUCUAUCUAACUUAUACUUAUCUUACGUCCCCGACACCACGUCUCAAAGGUUUCUAGUUUUUUUCUUUUCGGUAUCAUUUAUUACCUAUAUUUUACAUCCAUAUGUUGCGAAACUCCAUACAUAUGUUUUAAUAAGUCUCUUUUUAAUAUUGAGGUGUAGCUUUUUUAAAGCUAACAAUCUAUUAUGUUUUUACUAAAGGCAGUUUUUUAUAAUGUUUUACGUUGUUUUAGUUUUACAUCAAUAAAACUUUUAUCGCAAAAUGUUAAUAACUUAAAAUACUCAUCUAGUCGUAUUCAUAUAAUCUUCUUUCUUCUUAGGUUGUCAACUGUAAGGAUACAGCCUAAGUAUUACAGCCUUUUUCCGUACUUCUUCCAGUCUUAUCCGCUAACAGCUAAUUUCAUUGAGUCUACGUAUAGUUUGCUAGCCCGGCAUCAACAAUUUAUUAUUUUUAUGAGUGUUAUUCGAGGUUGAUUUCUACCUUGAACUCUUCCGUUUUAUUAAUCACCCAUUUUUUCAGUUCCGUAAAAAGCCACAGUCAGUAUAUGAAUACUUUUAUCUUUUCUUUGUACAUAUGCUUAUACCUUUAGAACUUAAAAGUUGUUUACAUUCAUAAACGAGAUUUUCGCUUCAAUAAAUUCUGAAAUACUAAUGUAGUACUUUUUGCUUUCUGAGUGAUUAAACUACCGAAAUGUUCGUAACUGUUUCGUAUAAUAAAAACUUAAUUUUAUAAACUUAAUAAAUUAAUAAUGGGUACCUAUUUUGACUUAUAGGAUUUUACCUUUAAUAUUUAAUUCUCGUGGACAUUUUUAAUAUAUUUCACUAUUGUAGAAUUAAUAUUUCCUCUCACCUAUCCAUCAAUAUAACUAAAUACCUAAUAUAAGAAAAAAAUAUAUUUUUUUUUUUUUUUAAAUUGAUUUAUAUUGAAAUUUUGGAUACACUUUGUAGACCAAAAAUCUAUUUUAUACGUACCUAUUUACUUCUAACAAAUGCACCGUAGAAAAUAUUACUAUAGAUCAAUCACAAAAAAAAAUCUGCGUUCAACGUUAUUGUUAUGAGACCUGAAAAAAUGUAUUUCAUAAAUAUGAACCAUCAGCGUAUGGUCUGUACGGUUGAUUAUAAUAAGGAAUGUACGGCCUACUUUCGUUAAGCAUUUUUUUUUUUUUUUUUUUUUUUUUUUUUUUUAUAAUUUUUCUUUUAAUGAGUUUCUUUUUAAAUUUAAUUUUUCUAUAGAGCCAUAGAUUUUAAUAUUGUAAACAAGUUUUUAGAUUAUAAACUGCAUCUACGUGUAUUAAAUUGUAUUUUUAAUAAUCCGAUUAAAGUUAUUAAAGUUCCAGAGUUUAGUUGAUUCUUGUGGAACGAAUAUCAAAUCAAUGCAUUUUAAUAUACUUAGGAUUUAGAUUAUACCUAAAUCUAUGAAAGCAGUGAAGUGAACUUUUAUUUUCUGGUACAAUAAUAAGUUUAAAGGUAGUUUUUUGUUUGUAUUUUUUUUUUUAAUUGCUAAGCAAUAUACAAUACAACGAUUAUAAUAUGAUAAAACGGUCAAAGGGAUAAUAACAAUAGACAGAAAAUAAGUAUUAAUUCAUAUUUAUUCAUAUUCAAAUAUAAUGUUUCGGCCGCAAGUAUAACGCAGGAAAAACAUAAUAUAAUCUGCUAUCAAAAAAUUUUUUUUUCUACUCUAGUAGGUAUAUGUUAUUCAAUAAUAGUGGAGUAUAACAGAAUUAACAGAAUUUUCAAAAAAAAUUAACCUGUUAAGUAUCCGUUUGAUCUUAAUCAAAGUGUAUACAAUAUAAUUAUUUCUAAAUUGAAAUAUUAUAGUUAGUUCCUAUAUAAAUGAUUAAAAGAACUACAAAAUUAAUUUGUCUUUAUUUACAUCGGAGUUAAGAAAUAUUAACGAAACCAUAAAUGCUUGUUAUUUCGUAGACAGUAUUAAGCAUAUACUGCUUGAGUAUAGCUUUAGUGCUUGAAUUGGAGGAGGGAGUUGCGUAGCUGGAAGGAGCUCCUCUAAUAUUUUUUUUUACACACGCUUACUAUUUUAUCAUACUGAAACGGAGGUCUGAGGCGGUGAAUAUAUUACUUUUAAUUUAUCGUGGUUUCAUAAAAAAAGAAAACAAUUUUUUUAAUUUUAUUUUAUUCACAUUUACUGUUCUAAUAUAAUGUCUUAAGAGUAGAAUUUUGAUAUGUGACCUUUUUUUUUUAUUUUGAUUAUUAGCUCCCACAACCCUAAAUCCAAACUAAGUGAACUUUUAUAUUUGUAGGAACGCUAUUUUUGCAUAACUUAGUAGAGCUCCUCUAUUUAAAUUUUUCCAAUUCGAACACUGCAGAUGUAUCUAUAGAUAAUUUACAAUGAAAUCAUAUAUAUUGGUAUCAAAUUUGUAAUCGUUGUGUCCAAAAAUUAAGGCCGAUCGUCAUUUUAAUAAUUUUAUAACAGUGUAAUAUAAUAUAGUUAAAUUCCGUAAUUCGGCCUGUAUAACAUAUAUACAGUUAUAUAGCAAGAGUAAACGAUAGAAAUCGAUUGCGCGCGAUUCAAUGUUUUUUUUUUAGAAAUCGUCUACAUACCGACAAACGGACAAACGUAGAAUAAAUUGUUAUGUCAAUGUACCAAAAUGUUUUAUACUUCGUAUUUACGAAAUAUUGGAAGAACGAAGGCUAACACAUUUUAUGUGUUAUGAAAUUAUUAUAAUUUUGUUUUCGAAUAUAUUAGUUGUCAUCAUUCAUACGAUUGCUUGCAAUAUUAUUAUUAGGUUAACAAUAAACUAUUUAAACGACGACACGCAAAUAGUCUAUGGAUUGAAAUUGAAACAAAAUUACGUUUUGAAUUGUAAUAAUUAAGUAUUAUAGUUACAAUUUAUUGCAGUUUAGAAUUAAAAUAUUAAUUAACAAAUUAUUUGAUGUAACGUGUAUAUUAGGCGAGUAUACAAAAUUUAAAAAAAAAUAUAUAAAUAAUUGUAAGUAAUAAAAAUAUAAAUGCUUAAAAUAAUUUUACCAUCGAUAACAGAAGAUUGUUUUUACUAUGUAUAAAAUUAUAAUAUGAAUUGUUGACAAAAGUCAGUUAAGUAGUUUAAAUAUUGUUGUUGAAGAAUUAUAAAAUAUAAUAAUAAUAACCUUCAUUUUAUAACACUAAAUUUCUUUAUUCAUUUUUUAAAAAAAUUAACGUCCAUACAAUGUUUUUUAAAUGUAGAUAGGCCGCAUUGUUCAAAUCCUGAAAUUGUUCAAGAAAAACAAAAAACGCAGUAGUUUUAUAAUAUAUUUCAUAAAAUGUCUGUGAUGAGAAAUGAUAUCUAACACUAUAGUUAUUCAUUAGUUAUUAUUUUAUUAACAUAACAUUUUGUUUUUAAAUUUUUAUCAGAGUUAAAGUAUUUUUGUCGUUCUUUAACAAUUGUAAAAUUGAACAACUGCCCUUUCAGCAUUUAUAGAGAUUAAAAUAUAUUUAAUAUUAACCGAACACAAAAAAUAAAUAAAUCCAGCAUUAUAGAAUUAAAUAUUCAACAACAUCGUAUAAGUAAUAUUAAAAAAAUAACAAUUAUACUAUAUUAUUUAAUAAUAUUGAAUGUACAUAAUAAUAUUUUAGUGUUCCAAAAUAUUGCACCACAUAUGCAAAACAUAAUAAUAGAAAAUCGCUCUGUAUUCGAUUGUUUUAUCAAUAAUAUUUUGUUCAUUUUAGUCUCAUUGUACUGAGUCCUUCUGUUACCGCGCUUAGCAUAAAACAUUUUAUGUGUGGUCGUUAAGGCAAAAAAAAAAAAUCGUAUAAUUUUAUGUCUGGGACAUGAUUUUUUUUUUCUCUUAUUAUUAGUUUUUUUUUUAGGUAUAAAUAUUUCUUAUGGUAUGUAAUAAAAGCUGUGUCCGUAAAAAGUUCCAAGAAUCCCUCUCAAAACUAAUGUCCUCUCGCGAGCUUCUUACGGCAGGGCCCGAAAAUGCUCGUAACUUGAACGCAUGAUUUUAAUUUGACAAGCUAUUAAGUUGAGAGUCACUCCUCUCCCUCCCGUGACUGAAUUCACUUAAAAUUACAUUCGAAUCCCACAGGAGAAUAAAGUUUUAGGUGUAGCGUUAUGCUGAUAUAACGGUUCAGAGAACAAUAUAAUGAAUUAUUGUAAUAACAAAUGAGUAGGUAUAUUAUCGUAACAUUUAUAACGAUACGUUGCAAAAUAUUGAAUGUGCGUUGACCUCAAGUUUCAAUCAAAAUUAUUUAUUAAUGGACUCAUGAAAAAAAAGUGCAUUCGAUCCUUGAUAUUUUAUUUCAUCAAAAUUCAAAAUAUUUAGCCUUGUUAUAAUUUAUUCGAAUAGUAGACGUAUUCACUUAGAGGUGAUCAAUCAGGUGAUGGAAGGAUAGAUAUAUCUCCAGCAUCACUUUUACCUUUCAAUAUUUAUAAUAAUAUAUAUAUAUUCUAAUUACCUUCUAAAAAUGUCUAAUUAAAAUAUAUGGCUCUAUCUUAAAUAGUCAAAUUAAUGAAUGGAAAAAAUUGUAUAAUUAUAAUGAACUUCAAAUACAGUUAAAGAUAUCGCUAAAAUACGACUAAUGUAGGGGGGGCAUGUUUGGCUUAACCAAAAAUCUUUAGUUAAUUGGAUGAUUGAAGAAAACUAUUGGGAAAAUACCUUUAAGGAAGUCAAAGUUAAGACGAAAAGAAUAUGUAAUGAAGAAGAUUAAGACAGGAAAUGGAGGGAAACUUCAAAGGACAGAGACAGAUGGUAAAAUUUGUUCCUUACUGCUAAAACCAAGAAGAAUAUAUAAUAUUUUAUUUAUAUAAAAAAUAAUACCUGAUAAUUUUUAAAAAAUCAAUCUCAACCCUUCCAAUGAUAAAAUCAUUUGACCACCGCUGUAUACUGACCGCUCUAUCCACGCAAAUGUCGACAAAUGAACUACUGCAACCUAAGUAAAAAUUUAGCUAAAUAAUACUCACGGUAAACAAUAUUAAUAAACACAUAUUCACGUGUUUAAAACUGUUUUUAUUUAACACUUAAAUUAUAUAUGUUAUAAAUGAAAGCAAUCUUAAAUAUUAUAGAUUUCAUUAUAUUUUUUCAACAGUGCCUGUUUUUCGUUUAAAUUGGUAGGUACCUAAUUAUUCAGUAUAAUUGUUAUUUUUAUUAUAAUAUAGUAUCUUAUUUUUUUUUUAGAUUUUCUAAAAUUUCGUCGUGUUAGUUUUUGUUUCUGUUUUUUUUUUUUUAAAUAUGCAAAUAUUUUUUCGCUCAUUUGAUAAUAUAGAGCAUAUAAAUAGGUAUAUCGAAAUUAUUAAGAAUAUGCACUAUAUUAUUAUACUGCUACGAGCACUUCGAAUUUCGAUAAAAUAUUAUAAUAUUAUCAUAAUAAAUCGAUAAAAAAGAAAACAUAAUUGAAGAGAUUAUGUUCUCGUAAAUUUACGCCUAGAUCACCUGCGGGGUAAAUUAAAAACGUACUACUGUAGUGAUAUCCUAUCAGUGGCGUGCCUAAACAUUCCCAAUGGGAAGGGAUGUAGCAAAUAAGAAUCGUGAAAUCGUCUUCUGUAUCCAACUCGACUGUAGAAAUUGGUAGUUUAAAAGCCGAAUCCUUAAAAAAAAGUCAAUUUCUAAUCAAUACAUCAAGCUAUUCCUUGUAACUCGGUAGAAAUAUAUGGAUUUAGAUAUUAAAUUAAUCUUAUUUUAUUGUAUUUUUAAGCCAAUGGGGGGGGAUAAAACCUCUAACCCACCUGCUUACGCCACUGUAUGCUAUUAAAAUUAUUGAUUUUAUAAAAUCCCGUUAAAUCGUUUUAGUAACAGAAUAGGUACACAUUAAAUAAAUAAUUGUAAACAGUAGUAUAUUUAUUUAGUUUUAAUAUUGUCGUAAGUGCUACAUUAAUUAUUAAGCGAGUAGUGUAUGUAAUUUACAAGGUAUACCGUAUAUUUUGUUUGCACCGUAAGUGUGCGCACAGGAGAGGAAGUAGUGGCCGUUGCCUCCCUUGAAAGAUUUUUCGCCAAAAUAUUUUUAAAAAAAACAUUUUAGUUAUACAUUUUUUUUUUUUAAUAUUAAACUCUAACGUAAUAUCCUUAAUUUAAUAAUUAUACGUAAUACGUACCUGUUUAAUUUAAACGGUUUUGAAUACAAUAUGUUCGUGUAAUAAAUUCCGAAUACUUAAAAAUCGUAUUUAAACACAUCACAUCAUUCGUAUUCAAUGUAGGUAUGUAUAUACUCACAUUAUAGUGUGGCAUUUUCCAAUACAGUUUUGAUUAAAAUGUGUAGUUUUUGUGAUUCAUAUUGUAUACUCCAUCAGCUCGGCUCGUAUAAAACAUAAUAUUUAGCAAAGCAAUUUAGAUCGUUUCCCUUUAAUCAGUUCUGUCGACGAUAUGGUGACGCGUGAAGCUAUUAUACAGUGGGGUAUUCGUAGCUUUUAUAUGGGAGUGAGGGGUUGAGUUCCGUAGAAAAAAUAUUCUAUAUGAACGAAAAAAGCCGAUUUUAGUUUGUUUAUAGUAAUAAUAAAAUGAGUGCAUGAAAAUUUUAGGUGAAACUCGAUCCCCUAAAUUCAAAUUACCUUGGACUAGUUAUACCUACAUCUUGUAGUUAGAUAAAUUACCUAUAGAUCAGUGUUUCCUAACUUUAUUACUGUUGUGCCCCCAUAAAUUAAUAUUUUACACACGGUGAUUCAAUGUUUUAUAGUUUUGGUAACCCUAAAUAAUUAGCUUAUGACCCAUUGACCCCCCCAAAAAGAUCGUGACCUACAGGUUGAGUUUAAAUAUAACAAUUAUCAACUACCUAUACACUAAAUUAUGAUGAUAAAGGAUUAUUCUCGUUUAUAAUUAAAAUAAAUAAAAAAUGUUUAUAUAGUAUUUAAUAGGUAGGUACCUACACUUUAUUUAUUUCAAAAUGUAUACAGGGUGUCCCACGAAACCUGUUGGAAUGGAAUGUCUUCGGAGAUAAUAAAGAUAAUUAAAUUCUGUUUUUUUUUUUUAUAUAAUACUCAUGGGAAUAAGAACCACAAAUAUUUAUAUUUGAAUUAAAUUUUUGUUUUAAUAAAAUAAAUAUUUUAUUUUGUAAUUUUUAAAAAUUUGAAGCUAGCUUUUUUUUAGAGUUUACUCUUUUGAAAAUGUUGACAUUUCAACUUUUUAUUUUCAUUAAAUUCGUGAUUUUUAAUAAUUUUUUUAAUAUUCAGAGAAUAAAAAUGUACAGUCAAUAAUUAAUUCAUAUUAGUCUAUAAUUAAUUAGCAGCGAUUACAGCCUGCUGCAUAGUUAUAAGUAAUCUAAAUAAUAAUUAUUAUUUUUAUUUUGGGUAAUUAACUGGCUGUACUCUUUUUUUCUCUGAACUUUAACAAAUGCUAAAUAAUCACGAAUUUUAUGAUAAUAAAAAUUUAAAACAUCAACAUUUUCAGAAGAAAAUGUUUAAACUCUAUUAAAUGGCUAUUUUAAAAUUGUUUUACUAAAACAAAAAAAUGUAAUUAAAAUAUAAAUGUUUGUAGUCCAUAUCCUUAUACUAAAAUACCUAGUGGUAUAAGACAUAAAGAUAGGCAUACUUAUCUUAAUUUAAUUUGUUUAUUAUUUCCGUUCCCUUGUGCCAUAGCCAUUUUUCUUAGCCCUUAGUAAUAUUAUAAAAAUCGGUGAGAUCUCUUUUUCGAAUUUCAUUCUUUAAUCACUUGCAAUUUGAUUUGAAAUUGUAUACAAAAAAAAGAUUUUAAUUUAGUUUAUGAAAAAGCGGCCUGGCCGAUCUCGUGUACACUCCACAUGCUGAAUUAAUUUAUGUUUUCAAAAUUAUUAUUAUCGCUUCACUACAUCGGUCGGACCGAUUGAAGGGAAAUUGGUCUAACUUGCUAUACGCGCAUAUUGUAUUAAGACAAAGAAACGAAAUAUCGGUAUCUAUCCAAUCUUCCCCUUUCCACGAUGCAAAUUUCUUAUCGAGAUGAAAAGUUUUUGAAGAAUGCCAUCACUCUGUAUAAUAUAAUACAAAAGUAUACAUUUUAUUACUUAUAAUAUUAUGUUUACGUUCAUACAAAAGUAGCAUCAUACCUAUAUAUUAUAGUCAGAAACGUCUCAUUAUAUUAUUUUACUAGGAGGUCGAUGCGUAUACUUAUGUAGGUACGAAGGUAAACUGCUUUCACUUUCUCUCUCCGUGCCCUCCAAUGUAUAUACCUACUGCUAUUUUAUUAUUAUGUUUUAACAGUACCGUUAAAAAAUGUAUAUAUAUAUAUAUAUAUAAUAAUAAUUUCGGGAGUUUUUUUCUCUUUAAAAUCUUAAAAUUGUACUUAGUACAAUACUAAUGGUAUUAAACUUUACCAGAUGGACGUAUAGAUAAUAUUCAUUGAUAGAGACAUUUUGAUCUAUUAUUUUUCGGUUAGAAAUAGGUAACUACAAUAAUAAUAUUAUAUUUUAAUUAUUACACCUACUAUACUGAGUUUUUUAAAACAUGAUUUUUUUUUUCAACUCUUUUUCUCUAUUUAGACUUACAUUGCAUAUCGCGUAUGCGUCAAAAUUAAUAAUUAAUCUGUUGUGUGUGGUAAGGUUCUUUCUAACCGUAUGUACCAUAUUUAUUUUAAUGGGUUCGUAUUGUUUUAUCAUUGGUCGUAUUGUAAUAAUUAGAUACUGUACUAUUGAAUCUAGGACGUCCAGUUUCGAAUACUUGGCCUAGUUAUGGUUUUUUGAGCAUAUCCUCGGGGUCACGUUUCUGUAUAUGUAAAGUAUUGUUCGCGUUUAUAACACGCUAAUUUAAUAUAUUUGUCAGGUUGAAAUCAGUGUUUAUAUAUUAUAAUAUACCUAUAUACAGAUUGCCCUACAGUGUUAUCAUUAUGCUAAUAACUCUGUCGAUAUUUAUUUUUUUUUAAAAAAAAAAUUGCCCAAUUGGGUUUUGUGCAAAAGAAAAAUUAAAUCACUGAAUAAAUAAUAACUUUUCCUACUUUUUAAAAUUUACAAAAUAACCAUUUUGUAAAAUAUAUUAUUUUAAAUAUUUUAAUGUAAAAUACAUUCAUAUCCGAUCAAUAGUUUCUUAGUUAUAGUGGCUUUGAUGCAUAGAAAAUAGGUGUGAAAACAAUUAAUAUUUAAUUGAAGAGAAUAUGAAUUACCGUGCCGAUUGUGAUUACUUAUCGCGUAACGUAUUGAAAAUUAAUUGUUUUCACACCAAUUUUCUAGAAAUUAAAACGUCUAUUACUAAGAAACUAUUGAUCGGAUAUGAAUGUAUUUUACAUUAAAAUGUUUAAAAUUAUAUCUUUUACAAAAGAUAAUUUUUCUCUACAUGUGUCCUCACAUAACAUCCGAUUGAAAAAAAAAAUUAAUGUUGACAAAAUUAUUAGCAUAAGUAUAACACUGUAGGAUACCCUAGGUUAUUGAUAGUCUUUGAUUAUCGUAAUAUAAUAAUUGUGUAUAGAUUUUUCUUGAUUUUAUUCCGUUAAUUUGCAGUCUCUUAACCAAAACGAAAUAAACAAAACUCACAAAACAAUUUCCCUUAAAUAUAUUAAGUUUAGUUUACAAAGACAAAUAUUUACGUAUAUUAUACAUUUUUAAUAACCUUAGAUAAGACGUAGAUGCUUUGGACAUGGAUAGACCACUGUUAUAGGUGUGAUGUUUGGAAGACGUAUACAAAGAAAUUUAGUAUAUAUACUGAAAACAACGAUGAAGCAUUGCUUGCAAUCAAAAAACUAUUCUGAGUGAAAUGGUAUCAGUCGUGUUUGUUUCCUUUAUAAAGCUAAAGCUCACCAUAAAUCAUCGAAAAUUAAACCACCAUAUUGAAAUUUGUUGUCAGGUUUUUUAAUUUUAAAAAAACACUGUUGAGAAUCUAAACAUUUAUUUUAAAACAAUGAAUCACCGGGUAGAAAUUCCGCAUUUUUUUCAGAACUGCAUAAAAAAAUGUUAUAGUUUUACUAACUCAAAAAUUGUUUUAAACUCUAUACAUUGUAUAGUAUUAAAAGAAAAAUCACUGUGUAUACUAUACACAGUGGUUGUAAACAAUUUUAAAAACGAGCGAUUUUCAGAUAUAGUCAACACUAUGACAUCUCGUGUAAAUAGUUUAAAUUUAAAUUUAAUUCUCCCCUCCAUCUGAAAAUUAAAUUCAUAAAUGAUUUACUGUAUCAUAUUUUCGAACGAUUAUCAAAAAAUUAACUACCUAUUCAAAUAUACUGUUAGGGCUGGCAGGUUCUAAUACACUAUAAUAUUGUAGUAGGUAUAGUUGAACACAGACUAUUACUAUACUAUAAUACUAUAAUACAUUUAGAUAGUCACUUAUGCACCACUGUAUAUAAUAUCUACAUUAUAUUAUAAUUGUAUACAAGGAUAAGAUAUCUUUAGACCUAGUGAAAAAGGGCUUAAGUAAAUUGUCUUUAAUCUUUAUCAAUACAAGCAAAUUUAGCUUUGAAAAUUGCUAAAUGGCAUAUAAUGGCAAGCCGACUGAAUGGCUAAAUUUCUAAAUGGCCUAAACUAAAUGUCUUAAGCCAUAAUGUAAUAUUACACGACUACGCCUUUUUCGCCCAACAUAAAGUAGGUACCUACAUAAUAGCGCUUAAGAUAUUUUAAUUUUCAGUAGUUAUAACAUUUGUUAGAAUAUACAUGCACAUUGCACAUAGUAUAUAUCCCUGGGACCAAAGAUAUAUACUCACAAUAUUUGUAUAAUUGUUAAUUUGUUUUUGGCCAGGUCCCGUAGAUAUGUUCGACAACGUGUUCGGUGGCAUUGGCAAAGGUUGUGCCAGCCAUCCCUGGGAAGUAAUCGUGGGCGUACUAACCGUAACGGCGUGUAUGCUGUCUAUGGACAACACGUCUGAUCCAUCAAUGUCGACCGUACCAAACAACAUACCACACAACACAAAGAUCGUUGUUAGUAUGCCUAUUCAUGAUAAUAAUAAUAUUGUCUUUUCGAUUAUGAUAAUAAUAAUUUUCAAAUUUUUUUGUCGUGUGUAUAAAACAUAAUACCGAUUUAGUAAUAAUAAAAAAUAUAUUAUGCCCACAGGACGACGAAUCGCACGCCAUCGAUGUGAUUUUCAUGACCUUAAUAAGAUGUAUAUGUAUGUUAUUCUGCUAUUAUCAAUUCAACAAUCUCAGGCAGUUGAAUUCAAAAUACGUUUUAGGUAAGACUACUUACCUACAUUAAUUCCGCUACGGAAAAUGUUAGAAACAAAAUGUGUGUGUGUACGUGUCAAUGUUUCUUUUUCGUAACAGUAAAAUAUUUUACAUGGUUCGUCGUCUAGAACUCUAGACCCUUUACUAGGCGAACUAGACGCGGCCUUUUUGAUAAUAUUACAAAUAAAGUAAACAUAUUUUAUUGAUUCCAUAACCAAUUAUUGAUGCAUGAUGAUUAUUAGUACAACAUAAUAUAAAAACAAGGUCAAUAAAUUGAUUAAACACUAUUUUUAUCAAUGUAAGUUUUACGUUUCAUUGUUUUGCUCACUGUCGAGAUUAAAACUCCCUGAUUGAUAUAGCCUUCUUUUUAUUAUCAAAAAGGUCCGAAAAAUAAUUUUUUUUUUUUAAAGAUAAUAUUAUUAUAUAAUAUGAUCGCCAUAUUUUCUUUAUGACGCAGGUGAUUGGUUUUAUUAGUCGCCAAGGAAGUCUCUUUCAUGACUAAUACAUACACAGAACAUAGUUUACAAUAAUAUGCGAGUUUAUUUAAAAUAAACACUUAUUUUCACGUAUAUUUAUUUCAUCGUAUUUUUAAUGUGGACUAUAUAUAGACUACACUUAAUAUAAGUUUCGGUUUUAAAAAAAAUAAAAUAAAAACACCUUAUAUGGUUUACCGUUUAAGUGUCUGUAGCUGUUAUAGAAUAAAAACCAUAUAUAUCAGAAAACACUGUAGUGUAGUCAAACAUUAAAACACACUUAUUUAGGAAUUAUUUAGGUAUCUAGUGUGAUUCAGUUAACUUUUGUAAAUUUUAAAAUAACUAUGUUUAAAUGUUAAAAAUGAGAACAUAAAAAAUAACUGGGUGGGUACAUUUUUAUGUUUACAUCUUAUGGUGCAGUAAUAAUGUAAAUAGCAUACACAAAUCUAUAUAUACUUAUCAGUACUAACAGUUCAAGCACUCACUGAGUUUAGUAUAAUACAACUGUUGAAAUUUUCUCAAAUUGCUAUAAAUUUAAUUUUUAAUUUUAAAUGUAUUUAUAGCAACGCCAAUUAAACAAAUAUUAUAUAUAUAUAUAUUAUAUAAAAACUAUGUAACUGUUUUUAAAGUAAUCAAUUAAACUUGAUACAUACAGGGUGAUCAAUCCUCGUUAAAAUAUUCAUUAUCUCGGGACAAAGGAUUUUUUUUUUCUUACCCUUAUUUUUAAUAGUGAACCCUGCUUUUAAUUUUUAAAUAGCUUCAUGUAUUACUAUAUUAUGCUCCACUACUCUCCACCUAGCUAAACUUAAAAGUGGAAUAUCUCGUUAACAGGUUGAUGGACAUUAAAAAUUUCAACGAACAGGUUUAGGUUUUUUUUUGCACAUGGGUAAAUUUUUUUGGCACGGCACUGGUAAUAAGUACUUAUUGUAGUUGUAAUGUUAUCUAUUUGGUAUAAAUAUAAAAACAACUUAUUUACAUUCAACUAUUUUAAAUGUAUACAUUUAAUUGGAGUAAUAAAUUAUUAAAUAAUAAAAAAAAAAACCAAACAUAUUUUUUGUUAUUGAAAAUUAUAUUUUCAAGUGUUUAUUAAAUAAUAAUAAUUAUCGAAAUUUUUACCUACCUCUUGAUGACUAAUGAAUGGUUGCAUGAUCCAUUUGAUUUUGCUUUCAUCAGUUACCUCAGACACGUUUAACCAACUUCCACUUUCUUUUUAUGCAGUGUAUUAUUUUAUGAAAACAAAGUUAAUUUUAUUUCUCUAUUUUAUCAACGGAAUAAUACAAAUCAUAUUAAAACUACUUUUUUGAUUAAUAAAUUGCAGAUGAAUUUUAUAAUAAAAUAAAGCAAAUUAAUUAAUGUUUAUAAAAAUUUGAUGCCUUUUAUUAAUUUAAUAUAUUUAGCUUAUUGUAUUUAUAAUAUUUAAUUAUUUUUAGGUAUUGCUGCCAUAUUUACAGUAUUUUCCAGCUUUGUUUUUAGUACUAUUGUAAUUCAUUACUUAAACGGAGACUUAAAGUAAGCAUUAAUUUGGUUAAGUAAAAUCAGUUAUAAUUAAAAACAUUUGGUGUAACACUGUACUAUCCCUGAACACCGUAUUUUAAGUAUAGCUGAUUCUGUUUUUAAUACAAUUAUUAUUUUUACCUAAUUUUUAUUAAUGUUUAUUGUUUUUAUUACAGAGAUGCAAUGUUUUUGUUCCUAUUAGUUUUACUUGUUAAUUUGAAAAAAGCUAGUCUUUUAGCACAAUAUGCUUUAAGUGGUUGUUCACAAACUGAAGUGAUCACCAAUAUAUCCCAAGGCAUGUCAUUACUAGGUCCAUCAUUUACUUUGGAUUCUAUUGUGUGCAGUCUUGUUAUAAGUGUUGGAAUGCUCUCGGGCGUUCAACGUUUAGAAACACUGUGUAUGUUUACAUGCAUGUCUUUUAUUGUCAACUAUGUGGUUAUGAUGAGUUUUUAUCCCGCCUGUUUGUCACUUGUACUGGAUGUAAGUUAUUUUUGGUUAGUUAAAUUAAUUAUUUAUUUAUUAAUAUAUUAUUUUAAUAACAAUAUAAUAUAUAAUCAAUAGUUGCUGAGAGGAGGAGAUGAAAAUGGUUUGCCAUUUUGGGGUGAUCGAUCUCAAAUAACAGCCAUUUGCAUUGAUCACAAAUCUGAUCCAAUCACACAACGUGUUAAGGUGAUAAUGUCAGUUGGUGUUAUGAUUGUUCAUGCGCAGAGGUAUGGUUUUCAUUCAUAAAUUUAAAAAUAGUCUAGGAUUUACAUAAGAAACACCCUACCUACCUUUACUUAUCCUAUACAAAUCUAUAUUUUUGUAUAAAUACAUUUAUUUAUUUAUCAAGAAAAAAUAGUUUUAUGUUCUUAGAAUAGGACAAAGAAAUUUAUUCUUAUAAUAUUUUUGUGUUAGUGUGUUUGUAUAUUUUCUUAGUAAAAAGAGCAUUCAGUUUGUCUUUAUUUUUAGUGAUGUUACUAACUUGUCAACUUGUUUUUAGUCGGUGGGCACUGAGCGGUAUGGAGACGGAAGCAGAUAAUAUCUUGGGAAUACAAGUUACAAAAUUUGCUGUAUUUAAUGAAACUGAAGAAAACAAUCAUUGUACUGUUCAUAGCUCUAUUGUGCAGUAAGUAUCUAUGAAUGUGUAGUCACGAGAUUAUCUCUUACAUGUACAUGCUAUUGAAUCUCAGACAUAGAUUGUUUGAAAUAAUUUUACACUCUGUACAUUACCAUAAGAUUACUUUAUUUAAGUAAACAUACAAAGAUUAAACAAUAUGGUUUUAAAUUUUCAGAAACUGAGAGUACCUAGUUGCUAUUUUUUUCUAAAGUAGAUAGGAAAUAAAACAAAUCUUCUUCUUAUCGUGUCCGGGAGGUAGGAGUGGCCCUAUAAAGGGCCUUUUUGAUUUUGAAUGUCUAGGCAUUCUAGCACCGGUGUUGGUAAGAUUAGUUCGCGAUAUUAUAUCCUGGUCUGGAGUCGUAUAUCGCGAUGCAGGGGACGCCACGUGCAGGCUCUUACCAUGUCCCCCAAUAAAACAAAUAAUAUAAGUAUUAAGUUUAGGAUGUUUAAAUCACUACCUAAUGUAAUUUUCUAAGUUAAAAAAAAAAAAACCAAAGUUUUUUAAACAGAUAUGAAUAUCAUAAAAACAUCUGUAUUUGGCUUUGGAUAUAAAUGAAUUAAGCUUGAAGUUUAAAAAAUUACUCUUUAUUGGUUUAUAUAUAUAAACAUGUAUCAAAUUGAUUAAAACAAAACAAAAAAGCAAAGUAUAUUUUGUCUGAUGUGAAAUAUGUAGUGAGGUUAUGUUCAAUCUAGCAUAAUUUAAUGAUGAGACCACCUUUGUUAAUCAAAGUUAUACAAUGUUGGAUUUAAACACUUUAGUAUUGUCAAAAAAAAUUGAGACUUUUUCACAUCUUGUUAUGUUGUUCGUGUAUAGAAUAACCCUGUUUAAAUUAGGUUUAGAUAAAUUCUAAAUUUCACACCCAAAUGCAUGCUAAGUUUUAAAUUAACAAUUAUUUGACAUCAAAUAAUAAUUGUUGUUUCACUGAUUUAGAAAGAAAAUAAUAAUAAUAAUAAUAAAGUUUAUACAAAUUACGAUAAUAUUUAAUCAAAUAAACUAGAAUAAUAAUAUAAUAAAAAUAAAUAAGUUUUAUGAAGAUAAGUGUGCACGUUAUGUAUUUGAGAAAAUUGUAUAGCUUUUUAAGUUACCACAAUUGAUAUGUAAAUUCAAGGUUUCCACAGGUUUACUUCAAAAUAUAUUUUUAAAUAACUAUAAUGUUCUCACCAAUUAUAUUUACAAUAUCAACAUAUAAAGCUAAUAUUAAACUUUUUUCCCAUAGUUGGAUGGCUUGUGGAUUCGAACAUAUAGUUAUAUUGAUUCUUUUACUAUCUAUGAUAGUCUGGUUCUGGUUCUUCAGUGACCGUGAUGACCUAGCAAGCCACGUACUGGUGAAUAGACAUUUAAAUAAAUCCGGUAAGUGGAAUAUUGGCAUUUAUUUUAUAAAACAUAAAUAAGCUUCAUACUGACAUAAUAUAUAUGUUUUAUUAACUUUGUGAAUCAUUUCAGUUUCAAUUUAAUCUUGACCUCACAAGAUUGUAAUGUUACUUUCAUUAUCAUUAUUUUAUUAAUUAUUACAAAUAUUAAUCUGUCUCCUCAUAAACUCAUAGUUAAUUUAAUACAUAGGCACACAAUUAAUAUUAUUCAACAAAUAAUAUUAAUUUAUCAUAUAUUUUUUUUUCGCUCAGAUAAUUCAGAAAGUGUACCUGUUAAAAAUAUUCAACAUACAGAAACCCAAACUGAUUAUAAAAAAUUAUCAACAAUAACAUCAAAUAAAAUGAUUCAAACUGAAAAGGCUGACUCUGAUAUUAUUGUGUCUGAUAACAACAAUAUGGAAAUCAGAACUAUAGAUGAAUGUUUAAUUGUAUAUAAAACUCAGGUAAAUUUAUUUAUACACUACUUUUAUACUUAAACUAUAAUAUUAUAAAUAAAUGUGUCUGAAAUCUGUAGUUUGUUGAUACUCACUUAGCUAAUUUUUGAAAUAUUAAAAUGGUUAUAAUAUUUUAAUUAUUUGUACAUCCAUUUAUUUUUGUUGGUGUAAUCACAACCAAUAAUUUGUGAAUGUUAAAAAAAAUUGUAUAGAGUAAUGAAUUAAAUUCAUAAAUUUAAUUGUGUUUUAUUUUAAGGUUUUAUGAAGUAAAAAAUAUUAGUAUUGUACAAAUUGUUGACAUUUUAAAAAAUAAUUUCUAUUGAGAUUUUAAUAAAUAAGUAUUGAUUUAUUAUUGCUUCUUUUCAUAAAAAAAAAAAACUUCUUAUAUUUGAAAUUUAUUAGUUUCCUUUUUAAUAGGCGAAAAAAAAUAUUACUGUGUAUUUAAUAUGUCUUUUUUAUAAAAGUAACAUAACUAUUACUUGUAUAACUGUUACAUAACUACAAUUAAUAACUGCAAAUCGUGAAAGAAUUUGCAACUAUAAUAUUAUGAACUAUUCCUGAUAUUAACACUUAUCAUUUUAUUUUGUUAUUCAUAUUAAAACAUAUACAUUAAACAAGAUGCUUUAAUUAUUUUGUUAUAUAAACUGCAUAAAUUAUUAACUGUUGUCCACACUACACAACUCUUUGUUUGUUUUCAAUUAUUUAUUUAGAAAUCGGCAGAAAAAUUAAAUGAUGAAGAAGUGUUGAUGUUGGUCAAAUCAAAUCAUAUAAAACCUUACAUGUUGGAAAAAUGUGUCAACAAUCCAGAGAGGGGUGUAGGUCUAAGAAGAAAAGUGAUUGCAGAAGAAAGUAAUUUAACAGAAGCUUUAAUAAAAUUACCAUACACUGGUUAUGAUUAUUCAAAAGUAAGUCAAUAUUCUAAAUGAUGAAUUAAAUAUUUUGAUUUUGGCUGUUUAAUACUGUAACAACAACCCAUAGGUUUUGGGGACAAACUGUGAGAAUGUAAUAGGAUACGUUGCUGUACCCGUUGGGAUUGCUGGACCAUUACUCGUGGACGAUGUAUUUUAUCAAGUGCCUAUGGCGACAACUGAAGGCUGUUUAGUAGCCAGCACUAACAGAGGAUGUAGAGCAUUGACAUCAUGUGGUGGUGUUAUAACUAGAGUUGUGGACGAUGGUAUGACUAGAGGACCAGUUGUUAGAUUUUCUUCAGUCACAACUGCUAGGUAUUUAUAGAAAUUCCAUUUCUGCAAUCACUAACCAUUUUAAAAACACUACCUUUCAUUACAUUAUAUUUUAGCGAAGCAAAAUUAUGGAUGGAUAAUCCAGAUAAUUUUAAAAUAAUUAAGUCUGCAUUCGAUUCAACUAGCAGAUUUGCAAGAUUAACAAAAUUACUUGUACGCAUAGCUGGUCGACAUUUAUUUAUUCGGUUUACAGCGUUUACUGGUGAUGCUAUGGGCAUGAAUAUGUUAUCCAAAGUAAGUUAAAAAUCUAAUAUAUAUAUAUAUUAUGAUUAUACUAUAAAUAGUACUAAUAUUACUAUUAAUAGGGAACAGAAGAAUCCUUAAAAAUUAUUGGCGGCUUUUUCCCAGAUAUGGAAAUUUUAAGCCUAAGUGGUAAUUUUUGUUCAGACAAAAAACCAGCUGCAGUCAACUGGUAUGUUGUUUUGUAUAAAACCAUAAAAAUAUGUUUUUUACUAUUAAACACACGUUUUGUUGUAUAGGAUUGAAGGUCGUGGGAAGUAUGUUGUAAGUGAAGCCAUUGUACCAUCAAAAAUCGUCACAGAUGUAUUGAAGACUACAGUAGCAUCAUUGGUCGAUGUUAACAUCAGUAAAAAUCUCAUGGGAUCAGCAAUAGCUGGUAGUAUUGGGGGAAAUAAUGCCCAUGCAGCCAACAUCGUUACAGCUAUAUACAUUGCUACUGGACAAGUAAAUAACAUUUUUUUUACAAUUUGUGUAACUAUUAAUUUAUAUAACUUUCGAUUUACAGGACCCAGCUCAAAAUGUAGCAAGUAGCAAUUGUAUGACUCUUAUGGAAGCAUUUGGCGAUGAUCUAUACGUUUCAUGUACAAUGCCAUCCGUUGAGAUCGGUACUGUUGGAGGUGGGACUGCAUUACCCGGUCAAUCUGCAUGUUUAGAAAUGCUCGGUGUUCGAGGACCACACUCUCAAACUCCUGGAGACAAUGCUAAAAGAUUAGCGCGUAUUCUUUGUGCAACAGUUUUAGCAGGAGAACUUUCAUUGAUGUCAGCCUUAACUGCUGGUCACUUAGUACAAAGCCAUAUGGCUCACAAUCGGUAAGGGAAUUGAUAAUUUUGUAAUAAAAAAUCUACAAAAUGAUUUGUCUCAAACUAUUUUUCAUAUUUGUAUUCUGAUAUUUCACAGAUCAUCUGCACCUAGGAACGCCAUUCAGAAUGUAGAAUCAAAAUCAUGCAAAUUAGCCAAACAAUUUACAGACUGCAUAUCAUGAGUUGGGUGAAAUUAACACACUUUACUUCAUGCUUAAUUCUAUUUUAUUAGAAUCUAUGUUAUAAAUUUAUUGUAUAUAAACCAAAGGCAUUUUAUUAUAGUGAAUAUUUUCUGUGAUGUUUUUUUUUUUUCAAUUUGGCUAAUGAAUAAUUUACCAGAUUAUUGUGAAUGUGUGUACUGAUAUACUGUACACAUAUUAUAUAUGUACAUAAUUUUUUUUUUUUUUUUGACAAAACAAAUUGUAACUUGUAAAUAAUAUUAAAAGUACAUAAAUUUGUUAAUUAUAAUUAUUAACAAUAUCAAUAAUACAAAGAUAAUUUUUAAAACUGCAUUAUAAAUAUAGAAGUGAUAGUUAUGUUCAACAAAUUGUGGUUACAUUAACACUAAUUAUAAAAACAAUUAUUUUGUUUUAUUUACUAAAAAAAAAAAAAAAACAAUGUAUUGUACUUAGAGUCCAUAAUUAUUAAAAUAUUUGUUUUAAAUUUGGAAGUAGUAAUAAAUUGGAGAAAAACCAUUUGAUAUUUUAAUCACAUUUAAUGUUACCAAAACAUAAUUAUUCUUCAUAAUUAAGUUUAAAUAACUAAAAAAUAUUAAAGCACUAGAUUCAACUAAAAUCUAUAAAUUACAAUAAAUUACAAUGAUAGGAAUAUUUUCUUGUUGUAUUAUCUUCUUCGUUGGAAAUUAUUUUCAGGAUAAUAAACAACAACAAUAAUUAAAUAAUUAAGUUUAUGGUGACAAUUUUGAAAAUUAUACAUUCAAUAAUAAUAUUUACAUUCUAUCAAACAUUGUCAAAGUCAUUUAUUUUUAAUUUGACUAAAAUCAUUGUCUGAGCGAAGGAUUGAUUCUCCUAGCUUCAAUUAUUCUGUUAUAAAAUUCACGAGGCAAACCCAUUUUCUUUAAUUGUUCAAUGCUAGAUUCAAACAUCUGUUCUUUAAAAUAAUGAACCAUAGCUUCCCAACUGAUUAUUUUCAAUUUGGGUAUUGUGAUCCAUGCACUAGUUAUAUCAUUUGAUCGACCACCAGCGAUUUGAAGAUCAUCCGCUGAAACAAUUCCGCCAUAACAGCACAUGCGACCAGCAGGUGUUACAGCAGUUGAAUGGAAAUAUACAGGUCGAGGUAAAGUACACUUGGUGAGUUUUUCCCACUGCAAGGUGUUUAAAUCGAAACGCCAAACAUCGUUAAAUGCUCGUAAACCAUUGAAACCGCCGCAUACAUAUACCAGAUUGGGAUUUUCCGGACACUGAACACAGCUAUGACAACUUCGGUUAUUCGGAUAACCAGGUCUUGGCACCUUGUGAUCCUGCUUAGCAGGGAGAAAGUCCCAUUGCUUUAUGGUCAAAUCAAACAUAUGGAUUUUCUAUAGACACAUAAUAAU